CGACCAGUCUGCUGACGUUGCCACUUUCCAGCUGAGCCUAUCCGUGUUUGCUUGCGUGUGUGUGUAUUUGUGGUGCGUGCGUGGGUCUGGCGCAUUAAAUUUGGAUUUUACUCCGAUUUGGACCUGACCUGGAUUCGGAACUCGGACCACGAUGAUGAUGCGACCGGAGCUGACGCUGGCCGGCCUCCUGCUGCUCUGCGCCACUGGCGCCAGCGCCUGGCACUCGGAGGAACUGGAGAUCUUUGACUUGGUCGAGGAGGUAAACCGCAACUUCUACGAGUUCAUGGGCAUCAACCAAACGGCAACGGGCGCCGAGGUGAAGCGCGCCUUCCGCACCCUGUCCAUUGUCCUGCAUCCGGACAAGAAUCCGGCCGAGGAUGCCAACAUCCAGUUCCGCAACCUCGUUUCCAUCUACGAGGUUCUCAAAGAUCCGUCGCGCCGAGAGAAGUACGACCGGGUACUGAAGGAGGGCAUGCCCAACUGGAAGUCUGCCCUCUACUAUUACCGACGUAUGCGCAAGAUCGGGCUCUAUGAGGGCGCCUUUAUCCUCUUCCUGAUAACCACCGUGGGCCAGUAUCUAUUCGCCUGGGCGGCCUACCUCGAGAAGAAGUACACCGCCGAACAGGUCUUUGGCACCAAGCUGAAGAAGCUGCAGAAGAAGAACAAGAACAUCGACAUGGACGUGAUCCUUAGCGAGAUACCGAUGCCCUCGCUACUCAACACCCUGCCCAUCCAGAUCCCCUUGGCCCUGUGGAACCUGCCGCGCACCAUCAAGAACGGAUUCAGCAAGGCCAACGAGCUAAAGGAACUCGCCCUGGAGAAGCGCAGGCAGGAACUGGAGGCCGUCCGUCGUCAGGAGGAACUGGAACGGGAGGCCGAGGAGCAGGCGCGCCUUCGCAAGGAGCACAAGGAGAAUCUGCGGAAGCGCAAGCAGAACAGCAAGGCUCCAGAGAAGACCGAGGAAGAAUUGCGCGGCUAUUCGCAGAUUCAGACUCGCGAAUUGACAGAUGACGAUGCAGUUCGUCCAGCUUCCCAGAAGAGCACGGUGAGCGGCGGCUUCUGGACUGACGAGGAUCUUACCGAGCUGAUUCGCUUGGUAAAAAAGUAUCCUGGCGGAGCUGGCAGCCGCUGGAACACUAUCGCCGAGUCGAUGAACCGCAGCGUUCAGGAGGUGACCUUUAUGGCGGCCAAGAUGAAGGAGAAUGGCUACCGCAUUCCCGGCCAAACUGACAGCGUGGCCGAGGCUCUCGUCCAGGAGUCCCAGCAGGCGCAGCGUAAGGAAAAAGUGAAGAAGGCAGCCGCAAAUGCAGGAGCUUCAGCCGAGAAGAGCAUGCUAAUUCCGGAGACCAACUGGACGCAAGAGCAGCAGCGCGCCCUGGAGGCGGCGAUAGUCAAGUACCGGAAGACGGCCGGCGGAGACCGUUGGCAGAAGAUCGCCAACAGUGUGCCGGAGAAGACCAAGGAGGAGUGCCUGGUGCGCUACAAGUAUCUCUGCGAGCUGGUCAAGACGCAGAAGCGGGCCGAGGAGGAGGCCAACGAGCCGGACGAGGAUGCGGCCGCCAUCGAGGAAGAGCUCCCCGAGGAGGAGCCCCUUGCGCCGCCAGAACCGGAAGUGGCGCCAGCCGCCAAGAAGCUCAGCAAGCGGGAGCAGCGUCGCCGUAAGCGGGACUUAUCCAGCGGCGAGGACUCGGACGAUGCAUAUCAGUACGAGAUCAGUUAGUCGGAAACCCGGCUCCCGCUCUGUCCUCCUGCUGCGGCAUCUCCUCGCGUGGCUCACAACUAGAUGUAAUUGAAUUUUUUUAUACUUUGCAUUAAAGACUCUCUGGCAUAGCAUUUUGGACCUUGCCAAUCCUAAUCCGCGGCCCGAUCCUCUGCCCCUUCCCUGACCUUCUGUUUCCAUCACCGUGUGUAGCGCUUAUCUUAUGUUUUGUACAUAAUUCUAUAUUGUAAACAUCUAAAUGUCGAUUAAUUCCUUUGCUAAGUAAACGAAAUGUAAGAGGAAGUGAAUAGGAUAAGAGUUUUUGAUGGGUUUCUGUCAGGGAUAAAGCCAUCGAUGAUAGAUACGGUGUACUUCCAGGUUAGUAACUAAUAAAAUAAACAUCAAAAGUAACAGAACUUGACAAAGUUAGUAGGUGCAACAGCAUAGCCACUACAUAUACAUAAAUCAUAGAAGCAUUAAAUACAUUCAUACAAUAUUAAAUCAAUUUAUUAUGUACACAAACGCGAAUGGUUAAUUAUUAUUAUUGCCUUUCUAAACCGCCAUUCGCAAAACGUAUCUUUUAUGUCAAUUGCAGCUUUAAAGCCAUCAAAGUCAAGCGCUAACCAAUUAUAAUUCCCAGUUGGCUUGAACCUGUCAGCCGAUCAAAGAGAAGUUUCCCUUUCAGAUUUAUUAUUAAUCAAAACUAAGUUAAGCACUUUCGGCGGUUCUUGACGAUUUUUGGAAGCCCGCGACUAAUCAAAGAUACCAAUUCAUUAUUAAUGUGGCUGGCAGGCGGAUUAUUAUGGGGUUGUGUGUGUGCGGAUAACCUUGGAACGAUUGGCUUUUAAUUACGCUCGCCUUACAUUUGAUGAUUAUUGGACUAUGACUGUGACUCUGAACGGCGUCAACUCCUCGCUUUUGGUUGCCCAGUCCGGUUGGAUUGCUUAUGGCCAACUCGAUGCGUUGCCUCCUCCCAAUUUGGUCACCCAUCGAGUUUGCAUUGAACUUAAAACGCUUGUGCACUAGAAUCACCAGACUGCGUCAACAAGACCCACAACCAAGAUCCAAGACUCCAAACUCUAGACUCCGCGAACUCAAGUGUAGGCGCAGCAGAGCUCGUCAGACUGUCCACCACGAAAGCUGGUUGAAUUCGCUUGGAUGACAACUGGAAAACGAAUUGCGAAUUGAACUUCC